CUCCCCGCCGGCAGAGGGCGCUAUCCGGCGCUCGCGCUUAGCCAGGCUUGUCCUAGCCGGGCCGCGGUCCAGCCGGCCGGAUAUCCGUGGCUAGGCGGAAGUGGGCGGCCCUUUCCUCGGCAGAGCGCAGCCAUGGCUCGCGGUCCCAAGAAGCACCUGAAGCGUGUAGCAGCUCCAAAGCAUUGGAUGCUGGAUAAAUUGACAGGAGUGUUUGCUCCCCGUCCAUCAACAGGUCCUCACAAAUUGAGGGAAUGCCUUCCACUCAUCAUUUUCCUUAGGAACAGACUCAAGUAUGCCCUGACAGGAGAUGAGGUCAAGAAGAUCUGCAUGCAGAGGUUCAUCAAGAUUGAUGGCAAAGUCCGCACUGACAUCACCUAUCCUGCUGGCUUCAUGGAUGUCAUCAGCAUUGAGAAGACAGGUGAGCACUUCCGUCUGGUAUACGACACCAAGGGUCGUUUUGCAGUUCACCGCAUCACAGCUGAAGAAGCCAAGUACAAGCUGUGCAAGGUGAGGAAGAUAUUUGUGGGCACUAAAGGAAUCCCUCACCUGGUGACCCAUGAUGCCCGUACCAUCCGCUACCCAGAUCCCCUCAUCAAGGUGAAUGACACUAUCCAAAUUGACCUUGAGACUGGCAAGAUCACAGACUUCAUCAAGUUUGACACAGGUAACCUGUGUAUGGUGACUGGUGGUGCUAACUUGGGCCGUAUUGGUGUGAUCACUAACCGGGAGAGACACCCAGGCUCGUUCGAUGUGGUGCACGUGAAGGAUGCCAAUGGCAACAGCUUUGCCACCAGGCUCUCUAACAUUUUUGUUAUUGGCAAAGGUAACAAGCCAUGGAUCUCCCUGCCCCGUGGAAAGGGAAUCCGUCUGACCAUUGCUGAAGAGAGAGACAAGAGACUGGCAGCCAAACAGAGCAGCAGUUAAACCCUCAAAAGUGGACAAACAGCAGGCCAUUUCCUUUGUCAAAUAAAAUUGUUAGCAACUAUAAAACACUGCCUUUUCCCCCACCCUCUGAACACCGGUUCUUGCAGUCCUAUGGCUCUGAUAAGCUGGCAGUGUACUGCAGGCUACCAAAUCACGGGACUCUGGUCACUCUUAAAUACUAGGUCACAUGUAAAAGGAAGCUGUGGGCUACUAAAUUGUCCCUUUUUUAAAAACAAAUAAAUUUGAAUGUAAAGUUGCGGGGCGAGGGGGACUCCUUGUUACUGGGGUCUUAUGAAGACGGGCCAGUUGUGAGAAGGCGUCUUCACAAAGCCACAGCCCUCUAAUGCUUUUCCCCUUAGAGCAAGGGCUCUCAAACUGGGGUUGUGACCCCUCUGGGUCACGAGGUUAUGGGGGGGUGGGGAGUUGUGGGCUCUCAGCCUCAACCUCCAAACCUUGCUUCACCUGCAGCAUUUAUAAUAGUGUGAAAUAUUAAAAAGUGUUUUUAAUUUAUAAGGGGGGUGUUGCACUCAGAGGCUUGCAGUGUGAAAGGGUUCACCAGUGCAAAAGUUUGAGAACCAUUGUCUGCUGUCUCCCAACAAAAUUAAACAAAAAAUGGGUUGUCGUUUUUUGUA